CUUAAUUCAGAGGAGCGCCUCGUUGUCCGUAGUGUGCCAGUAGGAGCCGCCGAUGAAGAAUCGCCAAGACAUGGCCUGGGGAAGCGGCAUGACCUACCAGCUAGCAACAGCGGCUGUUUGCGUGGUGUUGCUGCAAAGCGCGAUGAGUGCUUCUGUGCAACGGCAGCCGUGGACCCUGGAAGAAAUAGCACGCAGCAAAUCUCCAUCACAAUCAAUGGAGGUCGAUUGGGUAGGAGGUCCGGUGGUCCUCGUCGAACACGAAGGCCAGCUAUUUUCUAUGGAUUUCGAAGCGGAUACAAUGAAAGUGUUGGUACCGAAGGAGGUAUUUGCGGGUGCUGGUGUUGUAGCGGCUCGGAUGUCAGAUGAUAAGCAGUACGUCCUCCUUGCCUAUGAUGCUGAGAGGGUAUUUCGACAUGGGGCAAGCGCACGCUAUAUGGUAUACAGAAUCGAUGAUGAAAGGGAAAAUAAGAUCCUUGGCCGAAGACACAAAAUAGGAGACAGCAGGGUGACACAGAUCGGCGGUGGAAAACGUCUUCAACUGGCGAAGUGGGGCACAAAAAGCCAGCUGGCGUAUGUAUACGAAAACAACAUCUACUACCUGACGUCGCCUGACGCUGAACCAAUACAGAUCACCAAAGACGGGGUACCGAACGUCGUCUUCAAUGGAAUCCUGGAAUCAUAUGCUGGCGCAUGGUCCCACCCAGUGAAGACAGUGGGCCAGGAUGCAUCGCUGUUGUUUUCUCCCGACGGAAAGAAGCUGAUCUUUACCCAGAAAGACGUCUCCUCAGUGGCCAACGCCAGAUUCGUUUACUACGGCAGACCUGGAGCCCUGGAGAGUCAGUACGCUAACCUGGUUACCUUCCGCUUCCCCAAGGCCGGCACGCCGAUGGCCACCGUAGCGCUGAAGGUGGCGAGUCUGCCCUCUCAAGAUUGCCCCUGCCUGAGCAUUCAGCAGCUGCUGGCUCCAGUGGACGUCGUCAGCGAAGACCACUACCUUAAUUCAGUGGCGUGGGUUGACGACAACACCGUUAUGGCUUGGUGGAUGAAUCGCACUGCAAACGUCAGGCAAGAUGUGAUCUACUUCCUUUCCAAUGACGUGAAGCAAAUUGCUGGGGAAAAGGGCCUAAAAAUAGAGCAGAAGAACGGCUGGGUAGACAUACAUCCACCGUAUUUCCAAAAAGGAAAGGAGACUUCAACUUACGUGACGAUCCUGUGGCAGCCUCAUGACGACAAUGUUAGUUUCCCCCACUUGGUCAAAGUGUCGGGGAAUUCCACGAAAGCCAUCACAUCAGGAGAGCUGACAGUCACUAAGAUAUACGGAUGGGCCCCCAAUGGCACAGUGUACUACCAGGCCACUGAGGAGGGACGGCCAUCCACGCGGCAGGUGUUGGCCGUGGAGGAGGGUGGCGACCCGCGCUGCCUCAGCUGCGCCAUGACCAGCCCAGAGGGCAACGCCUGCCAACGGGCCGACGCCUACUUCAGCGACGACUUCGAGUGGUUCGGCCUCUCGUACGUCGGGCCAGACCCGAUUUUCACCUGGUUUCUGAACACUGCUGCCCUCAGUGGCGACACGAAACUAACGCGAAAGAGCAAAGAACAGCGGACGUUCUUGAAAUCUAGACUGCAGCCAGGGCGUCUGGAGGACUGGGUGGAGGUGGAGGGAGGGGUGGCAGCCCAGGUGCGCCUGCUGCUGCCCCCGGACCUCGACCCCAAUGGCUCCCAGAAGAGACCUGCCAUCGUCAGUGUGAACGCCUACCCGGGCGCCCAAAGUAUAGUUGACUUCUUCACCACGGACAUCUCCAGCUACUUCACCACCAACAGGCGGUACGUCUACAUCUACAUCGACGGGCGCGGGUCUGGCUGCAAGGGUGACAGAAUGCUCUUCUCCGUCUACCGGAGGCUGGGCACUGUCGAAGUGGAGGACCAGAUCAGCGUCACCAAGUGGCUGACAGAGAAGUACCCCUUCAUCGACGGCUCACGUGUGGCCAUCUGGGGCAAGGGCUAUGGUGGCUACGCGGCCGCCAUGGCGCUGGCCAGGGACGAGGACGACGUCUUCAAGUGCGGCGUCUCCGUGGCUCCCGUAACCAGCUGGAUAUACGCCGACAUACGGGAGUCAGAGCGGUACAUGGGCUUUCCCACGCCCGAGGACAACGAGGAGGGCUACAACGCCAGUGACGUCACACGCCUAGCAGAGCGCUUCGCGGGAAAGAAGUUCCUGUUGAUGCACGGCACCGCGGACGACAAAGUCCUCUACCAGAACUCCAUGGCGCUGGCGACAGCCCUCGAGGAGGCCGGCGUGCUCUUCGACCAGCAGAGCUACCCGGACCAGGGGCAUGGGCUGAGCAGCGUAAAUGGUCACGUGUACCGCACCAUCGACGAGUUCUUCCUGAGGUGCUUCGACCGAACUCCUCUUCUGGUCGACAUUAUCAGCGAACUCAUCUCCUAGAGAUGUUUAUACUCCAGUAUUAACCACUGCUGUAAAUUGUCGCAAAUAUUUCUCCAUAGCUGCUGGUUUUACAGAAACUACCUUUGUAGCUUAGUUAAAUCAGUAAGACUUUACACACUGUCGAUGUUAAUUUCUCCUUCUCUUUAGACAUCAGCUGUAUCCUAUCUUGCUGUGUUAUAUGGCGUUCAGACCUUUAAAUGGUCCUGCUUAUACCAUGCACAUUGUUAACGAUGAUUUUAUAUCAGACAGUUCAGUUUUCCAUUUGAGCAAAAUGGAAAAUGUAAAUCACAGUGCCUAACGACAGCAAAGGGUGAUUUACGUUUACAUAAAUUUCACCUAUCAGGCGAGAGGAUAUCUAGGUUUGGAGCUCUGGAGAUGUGGAGAGUAGACAAAUUAGUUUCGUGGAAGGGGAAAGGGUUGGAGAAGCGAAACACGGUUUUUUUAGAAAAUAAACCUAAUUUGUUCAAAAAAGUUUAUUAAAGCCAGACAUGCAAGUGGCGCCAGUUUAUAAUUCGCACCAGCCACCUACUACGUGCUUAACUGAAACAGUAUAUAAAGGGUGAUUUAGCUGUCCCCACUGCUGUCGUUUUAUGCUAAUGUUAUAUUUGGCCAUUAUAUUCCUUAGCUCGCUACCCAUAGACUAAUAGUCCUACAGAAAAAAAGUUAACAGCACCUUUUUGUAAGAAAUUAAAUGUAGUUAAAUUCUGUACUGGGAUACGUUUUCGCUGAGGCAACGGUUUUCGAGUUAUUCAAGGAAAACGUGCAAAAGGGAUCCCCCACCAGUCAGGAUUUCUAGUAUGUUGUUUCUGGCACUUCCUCCUAUCGCUGUACAGAAAUUUCCAACUGUACGAACUAUUCUCGACAUUCGACCUUUUAUGGUCAAUACUGAUUGGGCUAUUACUCCACCAGCAUAGGUAGCUACUUUGUUAUGAUUGUUAGUUUAAACAGCCCCGUCAUUGUAAUAAACGAGAAAAGGAGUUACGCAAAAACUAGUAACGUUGACAAUUGGAUCCGAACGUAACCCUUACAUACACAGUAGUUUCGGAGUCAGAAGACCUGACACCGAUGUAUUUGUUUAUUUCAUGCUGCUAUAAUCCACUAAAUUAUUAUGUAAAAUUUGUACAAACGUCAGUUUUACAAUUUAUAAGAGCUCAACUAAGCCGAUGGCGUAAUAAGGCCAGUCAGUGAAGACCAAAAAAGGUCUAAAAAGGUAAAUAAUUCGUGCAGUCCCGAAUAUUUAUACAGUGGGGCUGAGCGUGGGAGUGGGGGUGCGUUUCAGGGUCACUUGUAUACAUUUUUAUUGAAUAACUCGAAAACUACGACUUCUAGCGAAAACAUAUCCCAGUACAAAAUUAAAUACAUUAAAUUUCCUACAAAAAGUUCCUUCUUUUUCCCCGUAAUGGUUUGUGCGUAACGAGCGAGAGAAUAUAAAAAUCAGUGUGUUGUUUAUGAAGGCCAGCUAUAACGUUGCAGGUUGCAUAAAACGGAAACAGUAGGGACAGCUGAAUCACCCUGUUUAGUUUAUAUGAAUUUGGCCGUCAGGCAGAUAACGUUCAUAUACAUACAAGGGUUUCUAAUCCCCAUUUUCGUACAUUUUGACAAUAACUGAUAACACAAGAAAAACGUCUAAAAUAGAAGGUACAACGCAACUGGAUCUGUUUAGAGCUCAAAGGCAUCUGAUACGUUGUUGCAAGGAGAAGAGUUACGAGCAGCGAUGUAAUUUUAAAGUUUUACGAUGAAUGAUUUUCUUCAAAGGCGACCACUAACUAUCAAAUAAAACAAUACUUGGCUCAUUCUUGACGUCAGGCGAAUUAAGUGCGGUAUAAACCAUGCCACUUGCGUCUAAACACACACAUCUGGAUAUCUUCAGGAUGUCACUGCCAAUAACAAACAGUGAACUGAAAUUUCUCUAGCAAUACCAAAAUAUAUUACAACUUGUAUUUAGUAUCAAAUAUUUGCUGGUGUUUAUAAACUGUAUUUUCUAUUAUUUUUGUUGAGUUGUUUUCUCUAUCUGCAGUGGCUCCUAGAAUGCAGUCGACGUCACCACAAAUAUUGUUAUUGCCUAGUAAUUGUUUUUUCUAUCAUGAACUUUCUGUAUACAACAGCACCUAACCAUUGCGAAUUGUGCAUCACUAUGAAGAAAUAAGAUCACGAAUAUUAUGUUAA